ACAACUUAUUGCUAUAUUUGAGGAGAAGAAAAUAUGGGUGUGAAAGGCAAGUUGAUUGCUUCAAUAGAGAUGAAGUGCGGAGGAGACUUUGUUCAUGAUAUUUUUCACGUUAAUACUCACCAUAUACCCAACAUAAGCCCUACUAAGAUCAACCAUUUUGAGAUUCAUGAAGGUCAAAUCGUAAAGCAUGGUUCGAUCGUUAGCUGGAAAUACAACGAGGAUGAAAAAGAAAAGAUUGUCAAGGAAGUAAUUGAAGCCUUCGAUCAUCAGAAGAAAUCAGUCACUUGGAAAGUGAUUGAAGGAGAUUUGUUAGAGUUGUAUAAUUACUUCACUAUUAUCACAUCCUGCGAAGAUCAAUGGACUACAUGGACAUUUGUGUACGAGAAGAAAACUGAAGACACCCCUGAGCCCCUCGUUUUCAUGGGUUUACUCCUUGAUGUGACCAAAGAUGUAGAUGCCCACCUUCUCAAGAUAUAAAAGAUAUAUAUAUACAUAUACUGUGAGUGUCUGUGUGAUGACUAUUUGGCGAUAUUGGCUAGUUCUAGCGUGUGAAAUAAAUAAUGUCGUGUGAUGUAUGCCAGUCUCCUUCUAUGGAUGUAUUUUCAAUGAUCAGUAUAUGUAAGAUAUUAUGAAAUUUUCAUGUCCGGCUA